GUGUAUCUCUAUCCAUGUUGGACAGGCUGGUGUUCAGAUUGGUAAUGCUUGUUGGGAACUGUACUGUCUUGAACAUGGAAUCCAACCUGAUGGUCAGAUGCCCAGUGAUAAAACCAUUGGAGGAGGAGAUGAUUCAUUCAACACUUUUUUUAGUGAAACAGGAGCUGGCAAACAUGUACCCAGAGCUGUCUUUGUGGACCUUGAGCCCACUGUGGUUGAUGAAGUGCGUACAGGCACUUACAGGCAGUUAUUUCAUCCUGAGCAACUCAUUACUGGGAAAGAAGAUGCUGCUAACAAUUAUGCCAGGGGCCAUUAUACCAUUGGAAAAGAGAUUGUUGAUCUAGUGCUAGAUCGUAUACGCAAGUUGGCUGAUCUGUGCACAGGUCUGCAAGGUUUCCUCAUUUUUCAUAGCUUUGGAGGAGGUACUGGCUCAGGGUUUGCAUCUCUGCUUAUGGAAAGACUCUCAGUUGACUAUGGCAAAAAGUCCAAAUUGGAGUUUGCAAUUUAUCCAGCUCCACAAGUAUCUACUGCUGUAGUGGAGCCUUACAAUUCCAUCUUGACUACACAUACAACAUUGGAGCAUUCUGACUGUGCCUUCAUGGUAGAUAAUGAAGCUAUAUAUGAUAUCUGUCGACGCAAUCUUGAUAUUGAGCGACCAACUUACACUAACCUAAAUCGUCUUAUCGGUCAGAUUGUUUCAUCCAUCACAGCAUCACUCCGUUUCGAUGGUGCUCUGAAUGUAGAUUUGACAGAAUUUCAGACAAAUCUUGUCCCGUACCCACGAAUCCAUUUCCCUCUGGCAACAUAUGCACCAGUAAUCUCAGCUGAAAAGGCAUACCAUGAGCAGUUGUCAGUGGCCGAAAUCACUAAUGCCUGUUUUGAACCAGCCAAUCAGAUGGUAAAAUGUGAUCCUCGCCAUGGAAAAUACAUGGCUUGUUGUAUGUUAUAUAGAGGUGAUGUUGUCCCAAAAGAUGUCAAUGCAGCCAUUGCAACUAUCAAGACAAAGCGUACCAUUCAGUUUGUGGAUUGGUGUCCUACUGGAUUCAAGGUAGGUAUAAAUUACCAACCUCCCACUGUAGUACCAGGUGGGGAUUUGGCCAAGGUGCAACGUGCUGUGUGUAUGCUGAGUAAUACAACUGCCAUCGCUGAAGCUUGGGCUCGUCUUGACCAUAAAUUUGAUUUGAUGUAUGCUAAGCGAGCCUUUGUUCAUUGGUACGUUGGAGAAGGUAUGGAGGAAGGAGAAUUUUCUGAAGCUCGGGAGGAUCUCGCUGCCCUUGAGAAAGAUUAUGAAGAAGUGGGAGUUGAUUCUGUAGAAGCUGAGGCUGAAGAAGGAGAAGAAUAUUAAAAAAUAGUAAUGUCAGAUGAUAAACAUUUUAAUAACAUCAUACUUCAGUUCAUUUGUUCUGUUUCAAGUAAACAAAGUUCUAGCAAUAGUUUUGUUGAAUAA